AACGCUAGACCGACUCACAUCUUUCCGAGUAAGUUUUCCAUUUUGGUAUAAAAAAAAACUUCAAUAAUUCAUCACGAUGUCCAGAGAUAUUAAGAAUAAAACUGUAGCUAUCACUGGUGCCGCAGAAGGCUUGGGCCUGGAGAUCGCCGGAAACUAUCUCAAGCAUGGCGCCAAAGUUGUAAUCAUUCUCGACAUAAACGAAAAACUGGGAUUUGAAGCUGUUAAGGCCUUGAAUUCGAAGUUUGGUUCUGGCAAGGCCGUUUUCAUCAAAUGUGAUGUCACCACCGAUUUGGAAAGGGCGUAUAACGAGAUGGUCGAUAAAUUUAAGACCAUUGAUGUCCUAUUUAACAAUGCUGGUAUUCUAAACGAAGGUUUACUGAAGAAAACAAUCGAUAUCAACGUUACUGCUCUGAUAGAAUGGAGUAUGAAGUUCUUCGAGCACAUGCGAACUGACAAGGGUGGACAUGGAGGUACUAUCAUUAAUUUGGCAUCCAUCUAUGGAUUCAGGAUUGACCAGUACAUGCCAAUUUAUAAUGCGUCUAAAUUCGCUGUUAUGGGCUUUACCAAGUCGUUGGGACACGAGUACAACUUUAAGAAAUUUGGAGUCCGCGUUGUGGCUAUAUGCCCUGGAUUCACUGAUACUAAACUGGUUGCGGAUCCAAAGUCUAUUGUGCCUGAACAACAAGAAGAUUUUAGUUCCUUUGUGAAGAAUACGGUUUGGCAGAAACCUGAAGCUGUAGCUAGAGCAGCAGUUGAGGUCUUCCAGAAAGCUGACAGCGGUACUGCUUGGCUGAUUGAAGGUGCAAGACCUAUACAGUCUGUAUAAGCGUAUUCUUAUUUCAAAAUUGAAUGGAGAUUUGUGAGCCGGUAGGAUGAGCGUUAGAUCAUAUAUAUCAACGUCAUAUCCUGACAUCUGUUUGGUUGAUCACUAAUUUAUUUAAAUACAUAACAUGAAUAAUACUGUAUAGUAAUUGUAUCUAGCUAGCCACAAAAAAUAAAUCUAUUAUGUUACUGUUUGAUCGUGUUUAGUUUUGGCUAAAUGAGUCCUUAAAGAAUGGCUCAAAGGUUUUAUGGGUGCUGGCGAAAUUACAGGCACAUGGGACUUGCCUAUGGCUUAGGGUGAAGGAUGCAGUGGCACUGCAACUGUUAUAGGUAGGCGUGUCACAUACCACAAGGCGAAAGACUUGUUCAUCCUGUCACUUGAUCGAACACAGGCAGUGUCACACAAUAGAACAGCGUCAACAGCACAUUCACUUCGCUGUCUCACCGCCUCAUCCGAGAACGCUCUACCACAUUUAAGACGCACUUUAAUAUGUAUUUUUUUUAUUUAUGCACUCUUUCUGUUUGAAUAAAAUUAUAUCCUACACAA